CCGCCGUUCCUGCUAUUGCCACUUCGCCAGUGGCCCGGCGCCAUGCCACGCCACACACGCCACAACCCAUGGCGGACGACACGCCCACGAAACCCAGCAAGAAAGGUUCCUCCGAGCCCGCCGUCCACUACGACGGCGCCAAGGCCAAGGCAAAGUCCAAGGCCGUCGUCCACGCCGACGCCGAGGACGGGCAUGCCGGCGAUGCGGCGACGGCGAGUCUUGCUCCUGCCAACCGGACCCGGCUGCUGCGGUGCGCGUGCUGCGGCCUGGCCGCGCUCGCCGCGUUGGCCGCCGUGGUGAUCCUCGUCCUGUCGCUCACCGUGCUGAGGGUCCGGGACCCGGACCUGACCAUGGACUCCGUCACGGUGGAGCGCUUCCACGUGGGGUUCGCCGCCGUGCCCGACGGCCGCCCGCCACUGCGGAUCAACGCGACGCUGGCCGCGUGGAUCAUGAUCCGGAACCCCAACUACGCGUCCAUGUGGUUCGGCGCCAGCACGACGGAGAUUUUCCUCGACGGCGUGCCGGGCCGCGUCGGCCUAGGUAGCGCGCCGCCCGGGGAGGCGUCGGCGCGGGGCGCCAGCCGGGUCCGCGGCGGCAUGGACGUGUUCGUCGACAGGGUCGCGCCGGCCGUGGUGGGGGAGGUGCUGUUCGGCCGCGGCGAGGUGCGGCUCACGAGCCGCACGGCCAUGGACGGCAGGGUCAGCGUGCUCGGCGGGAUCUACGGGCGGCGCACGGUGCGCGUUGCCAUGCGGUGCCACGUCGUGCUGCAUGUGUCCGCCGUGGUCGUCGUCGCCGGCUUUCCUUCAUGCGUCGCGGAGUUCGGUCGCUGAUGCAUCUGUUUCUGUUCUGUCGUCAGUCUCUCUACCGUGCAAGACGAAUCUCACACAUGCGAAAAAAACUCUACAAUAAGAAUUUUAUUGCAAAAAAUAAAUCCCACAACAUAACCUAUGUUGCAAAAGAAAUCUGCAACAAAACCUCUGUUGAAAAUGUUUAUGCAAGAAGGUGUUUGUUGCAAA